GUGGGGGGUGCCUUGUAGCCUCCCGGGAGCCUUCAGAGGCAGUUAGGGCUAGUGAAAAGGAAGGAUGAAGAAGGCCAGACUCUGGGAGCUGCUGUGGAUUCUGUUCUUAUCAGAACUCCAAGCUGCCUUUGAAUUACAAGAGGAAAAGUAUGCCAAAACAGAGGGGCAGAACCUGACAGUGAGAUGCCCCUUCAAUAUCAUGAUGUACUUCUAUAGCCAGAAGGCUUGGCAGAGGCUUCAGGACACAGGGGAGCCCUUGACCCUGGCAAUCACAGAGAAGUCAUCAGGGAAUCCCAGUCAAGUUCAAGUGGGGAAGUACACUCUGAAAGAUGACCCCUCAGAGGCCAUGCUCUACGUCCAAAUGACCAACCUUCAAGUGGAGGACUCGGGACUAUAUCGGUGUGUGAUCUACCAUCCCCCUGCGGACCCUAUCAUCCUGUUCCGUCCUGUUCGCCUGGUGGUGACCAAGGAUUCUUCAGUUACCCCUGCCUCUGACAAGAAUCCUACUCUGAACUCGGCUAAGAUCCCUACCCUUACUACCACAAAGGACCCCAGCAAUACCCAUGCCAGGUACAGAACUGUGACCCAACCCUUACCAAAGACAACUGCUCUUAUCUCCUCUCUUGACCCUGGAGUCAACUUCACAAAUAAGACGGAUGUCAUCAGGGUCCCUGUGCUUAGCUUUGUGGUUCCGGUGACCUGUGGACUUCUCAGUAAGAGCCUGGUCUUUGGUGUCCUGUUUGCUGUUACGCAGAGGUCAUUUGGAUCCUAGACCCAUGAAGCCAUGACAAUGACCUCUGACCUCCAGUCAUACCCAUCUGGCAAUUGUGUGGAAGAGGAGUCUGGGGAGAGGAAAAAGAAGGGGAUUAAUGAAUGACAUGAAACGAGUCUAUAAUCACAGGUGACAUCUAAGCUCAGGAUCCCCCCUUCCUGGCUCUUCAACUCCCCUUGUGUCACUAAUCACCUUGAGUGUGUGCUUUGCCUCUCAAAAGAGAAGACACAGCCCCCAGCAUGCCGUGGCCUGUCAUUCCACCAGCGAGUUGGCGUGAAAUAAAGACAGAAUCC